GGGACUUGUGCCGACUGUUCAGACUACAUUAGAGAGACCUGCAAGAUUUGUGGUUGGUUGUCAGAUUCCAUGGUGAAAUAUUGCCCCAUAUACAAUGCAUUUCUAGCACACGGUAGUGGAGGAAAAGCUGAAUCUCGUGUCAGGGGUAAUGAGAGGCUGGGAAAGUCAAGUUUGGUUACUAUGUAAUUGACCCAUAUCCCAUGUUCGAUAGAUAUAUCGAAAAUUCCAGCUAGAAUUAGAGGUCUCGUCACAUCAGCUGAGCCAAAAAAAAAAAACAAAAAAAAAAACAAAGUCAAAGAUGAAACUGCCGUCACAGGUUGCAGAACCUCGGAUCCAUGAGGGUAAAUUGGCUAUUGUAACUGGGUCAGCCAGAAGUAUUGGUGCUGGAAUAGUGAGAAAGCUGGCAAGCAAAGGCUGCAACAUCGUUAUCAACUACGCUACGACGGGCUCUGAUGAUGCCGCAGCCACUCUCAAAGCAGAGCUCGAAUCGAAGCAUUUUAUUAAAGCGAUAACUGUGCGUGCAGAUAUAAGUACAUCUGCUGGCUGCGAACAGAUUAUCGCUGCUGCGAAAGAGAAUUUCAAAAACUCCAAUACUGGCGCGCUACAGGUCGAUAUACUGGUGCACAAUGCUGCAAUUUUAUAUGUCGGUCCACUGGAGAGUGUUAUUGAAAAAGAGUUUCACCAUAUCUAUGCUGUAAAUGUCUUGGGUCCUGCGCUAUUGACAGCAGCUUGCAAGCCCUUUCUGCCCACUGAUCGUUCUGGCCGCAUUGUGAUGAUGUCUAGUAUCAAUCCCAAAAUUGGGACGCCGCACACAACAUUGUACUCGGGUACGAAAGCGGCCAUGGAGGCAAUGACUCGUGUGUGGGCUAGAGAAUUGGCGGAAAGGGCAACAGUCAAUGCUAUCAAUCCUGGGCCUGUUAUGACUGACAUGUAUUUAUCUUCUUCUGAAGAAGUUAAACAGGGCCUGGCUUUGUGGAAUCCAUUGACGCCAUUGGCGCCAGUCAGAGAAACCGACAGCCUCGACGUCAGAGAAUUAGGCAAUCGGUUGGGUGGAAGAGCGGCUUAUGAUCAUGAGAUUGCAGGCAUUAUUGCUAUCAUCUGCGAUCCGGAUUCAUCGUGGAUGACGGGAAGUUUGAUAAGUGCUAAUGGCGGGCUAUCUUUCAGCAUGUAAGCGCUAGUGGGUAGGAGGAAAUUCAGACGCUACGAAAUACUUUCCGUACCAUCAUGUGUGACGAAAGCGAGUAUGUGUAUUCAAGUGGUAAGUUCAAUACCGAGAGCUGGCGAUACGAGCAUACUUUUCAAAAAGGAUCCGCGAUGUUCCAGCACGAUGCCUGAGUGAACGAAACGACCCCGGGACAUUUCAUCGUUCCGUAGUCGUUCAACACCAUAGCUUCUACCUGGCAGCUCGUGAUAUAUUGGGACAUUCCGAGCUCCGAUGAGAAUUACUUCGUUGUGAUAACAUAAGUUCAGCUUAAUGAGUGUGUCGACGUGUAUGCUCUGUUGUCGAGGCAUACGGCGUCGUUGCAAGUACACUCAGUGUGGACAAAAUGAAGGACAAAGUCAUGUUCAUCAAAUUCAUCUUGCGAAAUUCAACAAGGAAGCAACUAAUCAAUGCUCCCCUUUGAAUUCUGAAGAUGGAGAAAUGUUAAAAAAUUCAAAAUAAUCCA